UAAUAAAUGAAUAAUAAGUGUAUGUAUGCUGUUUGGAUUCCAUCUAAAAAUGUCAAAACAUCUGAUGAAAAAUGACAAAUUGACUGUGAUGGCACAGUCACACACGUUGUGUAAAGCGUGCACAUGCAUCAGGGCACAUUUUGGAAAGAACUGCCUAGUAAUUAUGGAAAAAUUCAAAUGCCUUACACUCCAUAAGUGACAGAUUAGCAGCAUUUGACAACAUUUCAGUUAACUGUAAUGUGGGUUGCAUAGCAGUGCAAUAGUUAGCACUGUUGCCUCACAAUGAGAAAGCUUAGUCAGUUAAGGUCUCCCUGUGUGGAGUUUGCAUGUUCUUCCUUUGCCCGUGUGGGUUUUCUUUAGGCUCUCUGGCUUCCUUUCACAUCCAAAGACAGGCAUGUUUGGUUAACUGGUGAUUCUGAAUUCCCCAAUAAUGUGAGGUAGACCAAGUACUUGGUCUAGAAUAAAGUGCUGUAAAAAUGUAGUGCUGUAAAAAAAGGUAGUCUAAAGUGCUUUGAGUAGUCAGACGGGCUAAAAAAACCCAUGUGUAUUAGUUGCCCCCCGACUUCUGACCAUAUAUAGUAUUAAUAAUAACAACAGUGGUACUAAUAAUAAUAUUAACUAAGGUUUGGAUAACCCCAAGGAUGCUUUACAGAAGAGUAAAAAUGAACUAAAACAUAAAAAAAAAAAAAAGUCUUUUCAUUUUAGCAAGAAUUGUUCACAAUUGUGCACAAAAAAGAGACCAGCAACCCUUCCUAUGUAGUUUUUAAUGAACAGACCUGUUGUUAACUUCAAAGUUACAUAUGUUGAUUUGACAUGUGACCUGAACCCCAGUGAUUACUAAGUCUUUUUUUCCACCAAUGCUUUCUAGUGUUCAAAACAGCAGUGGUCUUUGUUUGCAAGGAGGGGUCCAAGCAGAAGAAGAAAAUGGGAGGUUCCCACCGGGUCUCUGUAUCUUCUGAAGAAAAAGAUCCCUUCAGAUUCCGUCACAUGAUCCCAACUGAUGCCCUUCAAGUCCGGUCUAUGACCAAUGCAGAUGGCGAGGGCUCUGCUGUGUGUGAGAUUAUCCACACAAAAUCGGAGUCAGAAGGAAGACCAGAAAGGACAUUUCACUUGUGCUGCAGCUCUCCGGAGAGCAGAAAAGACUUUGUGAAGACAGUCCACUCCAUCUUGCGAGAAAAGCAUCGCCGGCAGCUCCUAAAAACAGAGAGCUUACCACUCAACCAGCAGUAUGUACCCUUUGGAGGAAAACGGCUGUGUGCUCUGAAGGGAGCCCGCCCCACUAUAAAUAGAGCAGCAUCUGCCCCGACUAGGACUCUCGGCCGAAGGAAGUUAGUGCGCAACCGUUUCACCAUAGACACGGAUAUUGUUUUUGAUGGUGAUCCUGAACAGCAAGACCUCGUUUCACCAGAGGAGCCUGGCUCAAAACGGUCCCAGCAGGAUGAGGAACCAGAUCAGCAGCAGCAGCAGUCUGACUUGGCAGGUGACACAGACCGCUGGGUGGAAGAACAAUUCGACCUAGAAGAAUACGAAGAUCAAGAAGAGGUGAAGGAAACUGACAUCCUCAGUGACGACGACGACAACGACUUCUGCCAGACACCAACACCUGCGUCCAUUGAGACUGACCUGGAGGCCCCAGUCAUGGCUUUGACCUUGGAGGGUGUGGAAAGAGAGAAGAAUCAAUCCCCAACAGCCAGUGAGACAUCUGACAUGGCGAAGCAGAGAACCAUGAUCAAUGACAAGACGGAGGAUCAAAAUCAGAAGGAGAAGGAUGAGAUUUGGGUAAGAAGGGAGCAAUCAGGUUUAUCCCCAGACUGUGCCACAUAAAAGCAGAUGCCAGAAGAUAGACAGCGAGUGUUCUAGACAGCUUUACAUGGGCUCCAUAAAAACAAGUCAUCACAAACAAUGCAUGAGCAUUGAUGUAUAUUGCACAGCUAGUAGAAGAUAUACCUUUCUUUAUCUUAUGCUGAAUGCUUUUUUUUUGUACAGGUAAGAAUAUUAGUGGAGCAAUACAGGAAUCCAGAGUGAGGGAGCUUUUCCUGAAUCGAAUGCUGUUAAGGAAAGUCAAGUGUAAGCUUUGAGGGUUGAAAUAAUGGUACAAUCACAGAGUCUAAUCAGUUGCUUUGAUUGGCAUGGUUUGCACAUUUGGGCGGCAUUCUUUAGUCCUGCCUGCUGUUGCCAAAUUUGGGUAUUGUGAGAACAUAAAUAUUUGUUAUGUCUGUGUUACUCAGAGAUAUUAUCAUAGUUAAGGGCUGUAUAUUAUUUGUCCUUAAAGAAAUAGAACAAUUAAUUGCAAAGGACCGUUGUCUUGCAUAGUUUACUAUACUUGUGGAUUUUCACAUGAAUAUACACUGACAUGUUUUGAGUACAGACUUCCUGAUGUAUUUGAUUUUAAUUUGCUGUUUAUUAACUUAAAGCUAUCCUUUUACUCGGAGAGACAGCUUGUUCUUUUUUUGUUACAUUUAAUAGGAUAAUAGUGGAAUUAUGUAAAACUCCCCUUGUCAAAGAAGCAAGGGGAUUUCAUUGUUUUGAUUUGGCAUAAUCCUGUUUUACUUGAAUUUGGCUGUUUCACGUGUCUUUGUUUACUGUGAAACCGUUUUGGUGACAGUUACUUUUCCUCUUCAGUAUUACCACUCAUACACAUCGAUACUUAACACUCCACUUGGAACCACUCAGUAUUGUACAUAAUACAUCUGGGGUCUGUUUCAGAAAGCAGGUUUAGUAAAAUAGCUGACAUUGUUAACCCUGUCACAAGAGAAAAAGUCAUCAGUAGGUUUUCUUUAACAAAUCUGUCCAGGAGUUUCUCCCUAAAGAAGGGCCUUGGAUUCCCAGACAGAUACGCCUUAAUAAAUGUGACUGUGUGGACAUUUAGGCGCCUGUCAGGUUGUGAACCACUUCAAAGCACUGGAACAUUUACCUUGUAUUACUGUAGUAAUCACAGUUUAGCACCAAUUUGUAUCAACAUUUAGACACAUCAAAUACUCAUUCAUUAAACAUGUGUCAUGUAAUGAGGAGUGAAUCAUGUUCAUGAUUACAUGAUUGUGUAAAUACAUGUCAGUAGAGCUGCAAAUGAAAUGACUAAGACUCUAAAAAUAAACUAGCUAUAGUUUAAAAGUGAGUUUUUACAUAUAAGCUGAUAUUGGUUUAGUAUGGUCUGACAGCAUUACAUGUUGAGAUAUUUACAAACUUUAAAAUACAUCAGCUCACUAUCAUUAAAUCUAGAGCCCAUAGCUAAGAAUUCCCAUUCAGUUUGAACCUAGGCACAACCUCAUAUCCAUAUUUUAUUCGCUUUAUUUAUUUCUGUCCCCAUCGAUUGAACCAGCUUUUUUUGAACCCUAUCUCAGGGUUUAUCAGUUCAGAGUUCAGGGUUAGCUUAGAGUUUGUAAACCUGCUUCCUGAAAGAGACUUCAGCUUCUUUAAAAAAUGUCUUGUGUGUUCAAAAUGAUUGUUCACUAGUAUUGGAAUACAAUGCAAUGUUCUUAUUUAUUCAUAUGUAAAUUAAUUUGUUAGCACCAAACACAGUCGUGUUGUUUUUUUUUUUGUUUGUUUUUU